GGUAGCAUCGGGCUGCUCCCGGAGAGCGUACCUGUCUUCACCGCCACCAAUCGCGUCGCCUGCCCCCCGGAGCAUCUCGAAGACGUAAUACGCCUGCCGUCCUUUUCCAACAUGGCUAUCCUGCGAUCGUGCUGUUGCUUUUUCUCCGUGCGCAAGGGAAGCUUCGUGUGUGGAGUCUACACUUUGAUUUUCUACACGAUGCUAGUGGUCACCGGAAUAUUCCACGCAAACUCCGUGCUUCAUACGCCCGUGGGCUUUACGUUGGUCCUCCUGCUUCUCAUUUUCUCGGGCCUCUGCGUCAUUUUCUCCGUUGUUCUGCUUCUGGGACUAUUUCUGGACAACCGGCUUCUGCUGAUUCCGUGGCUGACCGUUGUUUCCAUGACAACGCUGCUUGACGUCGCCCUCUCCUUGUACUUCGUCACAGACUUGCGAGUUAACCCAUUUGUCAUCGCCAUGUACGUCGUCGACUACACGCUGUGCUCCAUCAACAUAUACGCCAUUCUGUGCGUGCUUUCUCAAUACCAGGAGUACGCUGUGGGACGCAGAGCGAUGGGACAAAAGAGUCGCGCCGCGCUCCCGGUGCUCUCCGGCUACAACAAUCGCGGGGAACGCUCGAAGUUGAGCAGCGUGGCUACUUGGCCGAGUCGCAUGCAGCCGCAUUCGAAGCAGGUCAGCCAGACUUCAACCAGCGCGGUGUCCCAAUCAACCGUAGCCAAUGGCGACAAACCGGCUGGCGCGGGAAGCAAGCUGUCCCCCCACACUAUCGUUCCUGAAGCAACGAGCGCUUUCGCGGGCGGCCCUGAGGAGCUUUCGAGCGGCAUUCACCUGUCCACGGCCGAAACGUCACUGCAGCCGUCAGGCGACGAAACCGACUAUCAAGCAAGCUCCUGCGUCCUGGACUUAAGCAAGGCAGAAGACGGGAACACGGAGAACAGGAUGUUCCUUGCUGACGCGAGAGGCGCGGGCGGUGCCAUGGCCAGCCACAACUCGAACCACACGCUCAUGAUCAGCCCCGUGCCCGAGACGCGGCCACUCCUGGAAGUGGCCAGCACCGCCAACACCGAAGGAAGCGAGGACGGUCAAGACAAUCAUCUCCAGGCGUAGCCGAAUCAAGCAACUCCACCGGGGCCAAACAACGUCAACGGGAAGGGCUAAGCCCAGCCGUCGUUGUCCUGUAUAGAGACGUUCGUGCAUCGUAGGAACUCCAUAUCGUCCCGCCAUUUAGCAUCAAAACGCUGUACGUUGGCAGCCAUGCCGCGUUGAAUUUACCAUGGAUAAAGCCGCGCCACGUCCCACGGACUUGGUCGCCUGACCUGGCCAGCCUAGCGAUACUUACAUGUUUUGAAGACGGGUCGCAAGUCUGGCCAAGUUCUAUGUGACUCCAGUCCGAUUGCCUGAAAGACAAGGAUCAAAUAUACAGCUUUUUCUUUUU